UCUAGCCUGACGCGUUUGAGGACGUGGGGAGACGCGACUCCCCGAGUUUAACUAAUUAAGGUGCCCGGAGCUUGGGGAGCUUAAAGUCCGAACUCUCUGGACUUCCGCAAAUCUUGCGCCGCCUGAGAAAUCGCCAUACUAUUCGAUAACCAACUGAUUUCCACAAUUCAUUGCUUUCGCGGCGUGUUUAUCCUACAUAAUGAGUGCCGUUCGAGGAUUCUUCCCAGCUGCCAUAGCCAUCGCGGUUGGUGUCGUAACAGGGUACUAUACCUUCCAACCAGCAUUUCAGCAGCUUGAAGCAGAAAAGCGCACUCAGCUCCAUAGGCAACAAAACCCAUCUGAGCGUAAUAUGAUCGAAGUCAGAGGCCCGGCCAAGGAUAUCCCAACUUCUUCUUCUUCAUCCACGCCUUCCGGUCUUCCGCCGCAGACAAUCCAAGAUCCUAACGCAACUCCCGCCGUCACUUGGACACAGCGCCUUUGGCCAUUUGGCAAGCCCGCGCGGACAAACGCAGUCCCUAGCACGGUGGCUGAGAGCACGCGGUCAGAUCAGAGCCUGAGUGAUCGAUCAUCUGAUCAGUAGGAUAGAUAAAAUGCUGCAGCAACAGUGGGCCUCUCAGUUGGGACGUAUGGUAUAUCACCAGGAGCCCUGGCUAUCGGGAAACUAUAUCAGACCUAAAACCAGAGCAUACAUCGAUGGUUAUGAUAUGAUGUGACGAAGAUUAUAUCUAUUUAUCUAAUACGCUAUAGACGACUCACCUUCUUUACGGGGCCACCAACCCAAUUCUGAAGAUGGUCAUUUGAAG